CCAUAAUAAAGGUGUAAAGAAGGGCGCAAUCGAUACUGUGGCAAAAAUGAGUGCACGAGGCGUAUUGCUCAAGUGUGAUAUGAACUCAUCUUUCGAUCAACCGGAUCCGGCGAUCAUCAUCUCACCACGAUCACCCGCUAUCCUGCUCAACGAUUACUUCUCACCGGAAGUGCAGGGCAAUGAAUCUCCGGCAGGACACGCAGGAAGCGGUGGUGGUGGAGGAGGCGUCGGUGGUGGAGGAGUGCUUAGUGGUGCGCUCAGUCUCUCCCAGGAGGAUAUUGUUGGUGUGCUGCCGAACGAAAUCUCCGCCCCGUACGAGGUCCCGCAGUUCCCGAUCGAGCAGAUCGAGAAGAAGCUCCAGCUCCAACGACAACUCAACGCCAAAGUGAUGGAGCAGGAUCGGCACUCGACUGCCCCGGAAGUGCAUCCCGACGAGCAGCUGCCGUUCGACGAGCAUGACUUCGUCGCCCACUUCCAACGGGUGUCGAUCUCGGGCGAGGACACCAGCGGUGUACCGUUGGACGAUCUCGAGCGUGCCUCAACGCUGCUGGUGAAGGCGUUAGAACUGCGCGAAAAGUAUAUGCGCAAUUCGCACCAAGCGUUUCCGCAGACUACGGCACGUUUCCUCAAAUCGACACACUCGAGCACGAUCACGCAUCAGGAACGCAAAUCCAUCGCUGAUCAUCCAGUGAAUCCACCCCAAAGUACUCAGUCGCCCUGGGUCAUUGAAAUACCGGAAGAUCUGAACUACAGCAUCCGGCCGGUGAACGGUGUGUUUGAGGUGUUCCCGGCGACGGACGCGACCGAACCUAUACCCUACCACUACACCCGUCUGCCCGACUUUGUCCUCGACAUGCAGAUGAUGUGCUCGAUGAUAGCGGACGGGCCGCUCAAGUCGUUCUGCUACCGUCGGCUGAGCUACCUGUACUCCAAAUUUCAGCUGCACGUGCUGCUGAACGAGUUGCGCGAGCUCGCCUCGCAGAAAGCGGUACCACACCGUGACUUCUACAACAUCCGCAAGGUGGACACGCACAUCCACGCGGCCAGCUGCAUGAACCAGAAGCAUUUGCUACGCUUCAUCAAGAAGACGCUAAAGAACAGUGCGGACGAGGUGGUGACAGUGACCAAGGGCACACCGAUGACGCUCGCGCAAGUGUUCCAGUCGAUGAAUCUAACCACGUACGAUCUAACGGUGGACAUGCUCGAUGUACACGCGGACCGUAACACUUUUCACCGGUUCGACAAGUUCAACGCCAAGUACAAUCCGAUCGGUGAAUCGAGAUUGCGCGAGGUGUUCCUCAAGACGGACAACUACCUGAACGGGAAGUACUUUGCGAACAUCAUCAAGGAGGUGGCGAGCGAUUUUGAGGAGAGCAAGUACCAGAACGCCGAGUUGCGGCUCUCGAUCUAUGGCAAAUCUCCGGACGAAUGGUACAAGCUGGCGAAGUGGGCCAUCGACGGUAACCUGUACUCGGACAACAUCCGCUGGCUGAUACAAAUACCGCGUCUCUAUGACAUCUUCAAAACGAACCAGCUGAUGACCUCGUUCCAGCAGAUACUGGACAACGUGUUCAAGCCCCUGUUCGAAGCGACCAACAAUCCGAGCCAGCAUCCGGAGAUACACACCUUCCUGCAGUACGUGAUCGGGUUCGACUCGGUGGACGACGAAUCGAAACCGGAGAACCCGCUGUUCGAUGGGGACGUCACACCACCGGAACAGUGGACCGAUGAGGAGAAUCCACCGUACGCCUACUACAUCUACUACAUGUACGCCAACAUGACCGUGCUGAACCACUUUCGGGCGGCACGCGGUCUCAACACGUUCGUGCUGCGGCCCCACUGUGGUGAGGCUGGCCCGGUACAGCAUCUCGUCUGUGGUUACCUGAUGGCGGAGAACAUUUCGCACGGUUUGCUGCUGCGCAAGGUGCCGGUACUGCAGUAUCUGUAUUAUCUUGCCCAGAUCGGUAUUGCGAUGUCGCCGCUCUCCAACAACUCACUAUUUCUCAACUACGAUCGCAACCCGUUCCCGGAGUAUCUGGCCCGCGGGUUGGUCGUGUCGCUUUCCACCGAUGAUCCGCUACAAUUUCACUACACCAAGGAGCCGCUGAUGGAGGAGUACAGCAUUGCGGCGCAGGUGUGGAAGCUUAGCUCGUGCGAUAUGUGUGAGCUGGCACGGAACAGUGUGCUGAUGUCCGGCUUUCCGCACAAGAUGAAACAGCACUGGCUUGGGCCGAAUUAUACGCGCGAAGGUGUGGCCGGUAACGAUAUUACGCGCACGAAUGUGCCAGAUAUCCGGGUAGCGUUCCGUUACGAGUCACUGUUAGAUGAGCUGGCCAACAUCUUCAAGGUGAACAACGAACAGAAGAUGCAGUACGCCGCACAACAGUAACACCGCACGCACACACACACAAGGAACGU